AUGAAUUAUGAUACAAUUGUCAGUGAAGUUCUGAAAUCUUGUGAAAUUCAUAAUCGACAAAAUGUUGUUAUUAAAUAUUAUGAUUUCAAAAAAUAUUAUGACUUUGAUUCUUAUGAUCAAAUUGAUGGUACUUCAGCUGUCCAAAUGAAAGUGUUAUCAAAAAAUGAAUCAGAUUUUUGUGAAAGUAGCGAAAUCAACAUUCAACAGAAUGAGGAGAUAGCAAUGGAAACAACAACACUUGAUAUUGGUUCAGGCAUUGAUGAUGAACAACAACAACACGAAAAUAUUGAAGUUCCUUCAACAAACGAUCACGAGCCUAUAGAAAAUGGAACUGAUGGCUUGACCGAUGUGCAAAGUAAAUUCAUGACUCUUACCAGAAAACAUCUUCUUCAAACAUAUCCACAAGCAAAAACAACAAAUGAUUAUGCUAAUUAUUCUCGUACGUUGAUUGAUAAAUAUCCACUAUUGAAGAAUGAAAUUAAUGAAGGAUCAAGUAUAUGUUUGUAUAUAAAUGCUCGUAAAUAUGCCAAAAGAAAAGAAACAAAAUUAAUAAAUCAGACAAAGAAUAAUGAAAAGGAAGGUCAUGAAUUAAAUAAAACAGGAACGUAUGAAGAUACGCAAGUGAUGACACCAGAUUCACCUAUUGAAAAUGAAAUUCACUCACAAUUAGAAACUGAAAUUCAUGCAACAAAAGAACGCGAGAUAAGUACACUUAAAGUUGGAAUAUUAGAUGAUGGAGCAACACCCGAAUCGAAAUUUUGUCCGUCACCACCGUUAUCUCUAUUGUCAACGACCACAUCGACUCAAUUACAAGGACCUAAAAUAAUUGUGGUUAGACCUGCUUCACAAGAUCCCAAUACCGCAACUCAAUCUCCUGUACUAAUUUCAUGUGCCGUAACAUCAGAGAAACAUCCAAGAACGAUUCUGCCUCAAGUUGAUCAUAGUCAAAAUCAAUCAUUAACAUUUGUUAACUUAGAUACAAUGAAGAAUGGAAGUGCUACAAGUUCGACCACAUUAGUAACAGUUAAUACAAUUACGACAACAAAUCCUGGAACGACUGUACUAAAGGAAACAGUUGCUUUUUCAUCUGAACCAAAUUUAUCAAAAGCAUCCUAUUCAACACUAUUAUCGAUGGAAUAUUGUCUAUUAAACGGAAAUUUUUAUCCAGAAAUUGGCAUCACCAUCUUACCAUCAGCAAAAUCCGGAUUUAAAAAGGCAGCUAUUGUACUACCAACAAUAAAAUUAACAAUAAAUAUAACAACCAGUGGCCUUGAACAAAUUUUGCUUUUAUUUGUUGCUGCGUUUGAUGUCAUUGAUUAUAUUAGUGAUAAUAAUUGCAUAACAAUUAUUAAUAAAUUUAUUAAUAAUGAUUUACAAACUAUUUCUCCAGCAGACUACGAAACUUAG